AUGUCCUCGAGUUACCGAUGGGGAACCCCAUUGUCCUCUAUCGGAUACCAAAAGUGGGCCCCAGAUCAACAACACACACAGAUCUGCGGUAGCAUUAAUCACGCUGCUCUACUCUACGAUGCAAAAUGCACCGAUAAAAGAAGUUUCAUCUGCGAAUUCAAAAAGGACGCUGCUGCAGCCUUCAAACUCACAGAUGCGCCAAUUCUUCUCCCCGACUCGACUCCCCAGCAAAAGUACACGCCCAUAAAAUUAACCCCCGAUCGCCGUUACGUCGGCCUGGUCCAACAGGGCCGCCUACACUACUAUAGAGUGAGCGAGCCAAGUGAGAAAAUGAGGUGGGCUCGAGCGAAUAGUGUCUGCCAAGACGAAGGAGGCCACCUCCUCGUGAUCAACCACCAGUUCGAGGCUGACACUCUCAAGGACCAUCUCAAGAAACUGAAUAUCGCGUCCGAUGUUUACGUUGGACUCCGCAAUGGACCCAAUAAAUUUGUAACUGUGUUUGGUAAAACCUUAGUGAACGCGGGUUACGUCAACUGGGAAUCAGAACAACCUGAAGAUGAGACUUGCCUUGCAGUCGAUCAGAAUAUGCUACUGAAGAAAAUACCGUGCUGGGAAGAGAGACAAUUUAUAUGUGAGAUGACACUCCUUUGAGAAAACAAUGAUUGCACUAUAAUGAAUUUUUUUAAAUAAAUAUUUUGAGCUCUCAUCACCUGGCUUGUCUAUUAGAUUUGUUGUUGUUGUUGAACUAAUUCACGUGUACCCUCCUAAAAUAAAUUUUUAAGAAAUUUCAUUUCAUGAUUUUGGGAAGUAUUCACACAAAAGGCUAGUUUAAAGAUGUUCAACUGAAGGAAUUCAAGUUGAAAAUUUCUUAAUACAAUGUUUUCUUAAUAAAAUCAUUCUGAUUGAACUUUCCAAAGUGAUGCACUGGGAUAGAUGGCUAAGAGCAUCAAUUGAUGUCACUGCAGUCUCUCUGACCGGGAGGUCCUAGGUUCAAGUCCCUAUAGUGGCAGGAUUUUGACACUAGCUUGUUAGCUAUGUAGAAUCCAGUCACUGUCUGGAAGAGAAUUCAAGCAGCCAACUGCUCUGCUCGGUAGUUUUCUGUGAUUUCACCAAUCAACACCAUGUAAAUACCAGAGCAGUACCUAACAAACGGGCCACAGACCAUGAGCAAUCUUUCCUUCCUCUUCCUUGUCCAUUUCCUCCCCCCUUAAACACACACAUGUGC